CAUCACAUCAUUUUAAAAAAUUAUAUUUAUAGCUGAUGAGAAAUUAAUUUAAAUUCCAAAAUCAAAACACUUCAAUAUAUACUUGUGUCAAAUAAAAUAGGUUUAAGAAAAUAUAAAAUUGAGUAAGUGACAAGUAUGAAGGGAAAAUGUGAAAAACAAAAGAGAAAAGAGGGAACGCAAAAUAAAUAAAACAAAUUGAGAACUUUUUAUAAAGUUUAGUUAAAAAUUACCUUAUGAUGCUUGUUGGGAGUAAGUGACAAGUAUAAUGAGAAUGUUUAUAUUUUUAUUAUAUAGCAAUAAUUGUAAUUUCUAUCUUCUUAUAACUCAAAUAAUUAUUAUAUGCUUUCGUCCUUUCAUAUUCCUGCACUAGACAAUAGCUUAUUUUGUAAAGGAAAAAAAAAGGAAGAAAAAAAGGAUAUUAAAAGGAAAGAUUAAUCUGUUUUAAAUUUUAAUCCAUACCAUCAACACAUGUCCUAUUCUCUCUCUCAUAUUGUGUAUCAGAAUGACAGAAUUUGUUGUGACCAACGAUAGAGAAAAUCUUCAGGAUUGGGAGAAAUCAUGGGCAUUAGUAGAAAAUAGCUUAUUUUUUUAUGGAUGACAAAAAAAAAAAAAUUACAAAGAAACAAUGAAUCCGUUUUUUUGUCUAUACCAACAUUGUUUCUUAUACUUCCUCUCUCAUGGAGACCCUCGCUGCUCUGGGCGUCUAGGUUUUGCUCUACCUCUACUGGGUGUGCUUUUUCCGAUUGAAAAACGCGCGGUUCGACUUCAGGCUCUAAGAUUGCUUUCUGGUGAGCGCAGUAGCCAAAGCUUGAUUGUUACUUUUCUUGGGCUCUUUCUGAUGGCCUAUCUCAAGUAUAAGUUUGAAAGGUGUGAGAACUACUGGAGAUGGAGGAGGCGAAGAAGAAAAAUGAGGUCAGAUCGGAUGAGCAGACACAGUUGGUGGCAAGCGGAAACAGGGAGGGGGGUUGAUGAUGUAAGAUAACUUUUAGUGCAAGAUAGUUUUCUCAUUCUUAAUAUGCUUUAUUAUGAAACUCAUGAGUUAUAAAAGAAAUAUUAGUGUUACAUUUGGUUUUAAGAAUAAGGAGUUAUUUAAGAUUAAUAACUCAAAAGAGUUAUGUUCCUAUUGUAAUUCUUUCAUGAUGGAUGAUCGAGGAUAACUUUGGAUAAGUGGUAAGGGAAGUAUCCCUAGAAUAAUUGGUUAGCAAUCUAGCAUAGUUCAAAGUUUACCCUAAAUAUGGAGAUUGCAUCAACUUAUUGGUACCUAGGGAUAGAUCUAUCAUAAAUUGUGAAGACUACCAAGAAAUGACAAAUUCCAACAUUGGAUUAGAGAUGGUCGUAUGAUUCAUAUAAUUAGUUUUAUUGAAUGCUAAUGAAUGUUCGCUUCUCGACUUCUCGUACAUGUACAAGAACGAUAUUAAUGAUUGAGUUAGAAGAUUUUACAUGCAUAGAUCACUCUAGGGCUGAGGUUUGUUGAGAUUUUGAUUUUGGGGAUUGGUUGACUCUAUAGGAUUGAUGCUCGAUGUCGAUGUUUCUUGGAACUGUUGGUUGGGCUGAUUAUAUGUGCUCUAUAAGAAGAUAACUUGUGUAGCCUAAUUUGGGAAAAUGUUUGAACUUCUAGAUUGAGUUGAAGUAGAUAUGUCAUAUCCAAAAAUGUAAACAUAGUUAUGUGACGAAACGUUUGCACUUCUAAAUGAAACCCUUAUGGUAAAAAUGCAACCAUACUUUUGUGUGAUUAAUGAAAAUCCCAUUUGAAAAUACGGUAAAAAGAUAAGGUCCUAUUGGAGAAACAAUUUGGACCCUAUUUGGAUUUCCACCUAAGCAUUUCCCUCAAAGUAAAAAGACCAAACUAUGUGGAGAGAAAUCUUUGUUCCGCCUUAUGAACCAAAACAAUAUUUAUCCUAAAAAACAAAAAAGAUCUCUAUAAUUAGCCAAGUCUUAUCAUCUUUUACCACGAAAAUUUCUCCCACUCACAAGCACGGUUGAAAAAAAAAUGUUACCUCAUCAAUCUCAAAACUAAACUCCAACCACAACUCCCUUCAAUUCCCUUCCAUUUGUACAAUCUUUCUUUUAUAUAUUUAGAGCCUCUUCUUUGCUCUCCCACUUAAUUCUCUCCUCACCACCACACACACUCCAUAGUCCCACCCAAAAAAUAAAGGGAAAAAGAAAGAUCCAAAACAUAUAAAAAAUAAGAACACCAAAACCCACCAAUACAAAGCCCUAUUAACAAUUACAAAAUUCAUCCAAAAAACCAAAAGAAAGACAUAUGUUUUUCACCUAGUAGGUGAAAUCUUCAAGGAAAAAAAUAAGGCAAUUCCGUCAUCGACCAGCACAUAGAAAAUGGUGGAAGGGGGUCCGGUGAAAGCGGACAAGACAGAGUUCACAGAAUGUUGGAAGAUCUCGUCAAAAAAUCCUUAUAUAAUGAAGUUGGCCUUCGCUGCCGGCAUCGGAGGACUUCUAUUUGGAUAUGACACUGGAGUUAUCUCGGGAGCGUUGCUAUACAUCAAGGAAGAUUUCGAGGAGGUGGACAAAAGCACGUUCCUCCAGGAGCUCAUCGUGAGCACAUGCGUCGCCGGAGCCAUCAUCGGCGCGGCGGUCGGAGGCUACGCCAACGACCGGAUCGGACGGAGGAAGACGAUCAUGGUCGCCGACGUUCUGUUCUUCUUGGGGUCCAUCAUCAUGGCCAUCGCCCCUGUUCCGGCCGUCAUCAUCGUCGGAAGGGUCCUCGUCGGUCUCGGCGUCGGAAUGGCCUCCAUGACCGCUCCCCUCUACAUAUCGGAGGCCUCCCCGGCGAAGAUCCGCGGCGCCAUGGUCAGCACCAACGGUUUGCUCAUCACCGGCGGGCAGUUCUUGUCGUACCUCAUCAACCUUGCAUUCACCAGAGCUCCUGGAACAUGGAGGUGGAUGCUUGGAGUGGCAGGGCUCCCUGCCCUAAUCCAGUUCUUGUUAAUGUGGUCACUUCCCGAAUCUCCCCGAUGGCUCUACAGAGAGAACUACGUCCACGAAGCAAAGGAGAUCCUUGAAAAACUCUACCCUGAAGACGAAGUAGACAGAGAGAUUCAAUCCCUAAGAGAAUCCGUCGAAUCAGAGAGGGCGAUGGAGGAAUCGAUCGGCAAAGACAUGUGGUCCAAGCUAAAAGGAGCAUUCACCGACAAGGUUGUCCGGCGGGGGCUCUACGCCGGCGUGACGGUCCAAGUGGCCCAACAAUUCGUGGGAAUCAACACCGUCAUGUACUACUCCCCGACCAUCGUCCAAUUCGCCGGAUUCGCCUCCAAAUCGGUUGCUCUGGCGUUGUCCCUCAUCACUUCAGGGCUCAACGCCGUCGGCUCGAUCAUUAGCAUGAUGGUGGUGGACAAGUACGGACGCCGUCGGCUGAUGAUCAUCUCGAUGUUCGGGAUCAUCUCUUGCCUGAUAAUUUUGGCCGUCGUUUUCCGGCAGGCGUCGUUGGGCGCUCCGGGGAUCGAUUUCGUGGAUACCAAGCAUUUUGGGAGCAACGUGACUUGCCCGAGUUACUUGGAGAAUUUUCAUAAGCCUAAGUGGGGAUGCACGCAGUGCUUGAAGGCAAAGUGCUCGUUUUGCUCCAAUCCUGCUGACAAGACGGCGCCAGGAGCCUGCCUGAUCGACACCAAGGCGAUGCAGGAAGAAUGCGAGGCAGAGCACCGCGUGUUCUACGAGGAAGGUUGUCCGAGCAAGAUCGGGUUCCUCGCUGUCCUCCUCUUGGGCCUCUACAUCAUCUCCUAUUCCCCGGGGAUGGGCACAGCGCCGUGGAUCGUCAACUCCGAGAUAUACCCGCUUCGAUACAGGGGCGUCGGAGGUGGGAUCGCCGCCGUGGCCAACUGGACGUCGAAUUUGCUCGUCAGCCUGACGUUUCUGACGAUGACGCAGACACUGACGGUGGCCGGAGCUUUCCUGAUGUUCGCCGCCAUCUCGUUCAUCAUGCUGGUGGCGAUCUUCUUGUUUGUGCCGGAGACGAAAGGGCUGCAGUUCGAGGAGGUGGAGAAGCUGUUGAGAGAUGACUACAAGCCAGGGUUCUUCAAGGUAAAAGCAGGGGAUCAGGGAAAGGGGAAAGCGCCAGCUUAAUUUGAUGAAGAUUUAGAUCUCUCUCUUUUUUUUUUUCUUGUUUAAUAAGUUUCUAUUUUUUCUUUCAGAAUAAGUUUGAGGAGUUUGUUUGGGACACUUGUUUAGAAAAAAAGAGGGGGGAAGGGUAAAUUUUCAUUUCUUAAGAAUAAAAUGUUUGAUUUAGUCACAAGUUAUGCUGUUUUUUUGUUGCAUAUGGCAUAUAUGCAAUUAUACAGAGGGAUAAGUUACAGAAUUUUGAGAUGGUUGGAUUAGUGAUCAAAAAGUUUGGUUUUGCUAGCUAUUGGGUUUAUGAUAUGAAGUGAAUAUGAAAGGUAUACAAAACAGGUCGGGAAAGAUUGGAUUGGAUGAAUCAGAUCAAUUAAAACUAUUAAGUCCCAAGUUCCACAAAAAUCGGAGUUACUGUUCAUUAAGAAAAAAUCGGGAUUUACUGUUCACCUUAGGUUUAGGUUUGGUAGGAAGAAACAUAGCUAAGCCGAGUGAGUCAAUUUGGGCUGGCCAAGAGAGAAGCAUGGGUCCACAUAAAUUUGCCGCACCAGAUCGCCUCUCCUUUCCUCUUCCUUAUCCUUUCCACACUUCCCCGUAAAAAGAAAAACAAACAAUGAAACAGAGGCUGUUUGAGAUGCGGCGGCCUCCAGUCUCCACGACCAUACCUUCCUCUCCCGUUUCUUCUCUACGAAUCAAUAGAUGGAGCAGAGACCUUGGACCUGGAAGAUUAAGCGACAGCUUGACGAGCUCCACAAAAUCAAAAGAAGCAGAGGAAAGGGCUUAUGGACGAAGGUUGCCCAAUCCGAGCCACCACUCUUGGGUAACCGGUACCCGCCUCAUCCUCCUAAAAUCCCCAGUCCCCUUUCCGGCUGCUCGACUCCAAGAUCCGGCACCCACUCCGUGAUUUCUUAGUACCGUUGUUGUGUUAUCAAGCUUUAGGUGUGUCAAAUCCUUAUAUUCCUCUUGGUUCUAUAUUCUUCCUCUAUAAUUUGAACUAAUUUUGAAUUGGGUAACCACAUGUGGGAAGCGCGUCAGGUUAUGAGUAUUCUCUUGGAUGUUUGACUCUAGGGUUUUAGAUAAUCUUUGAUUGUUGUUUGAUUCGUGGGUAAUCAUUAGUAUAAGUUUAGAGGAUGUAUCUGUAAAAUCCUGCAUCUUAGAUUAAGGGACGAGGCUUGAUUGUUAGUUGCAUUUCUCAGAGUUUGUCUGGAGUUGCUGUCUUUGAAUUCAGUUUUGGUGUAUUGGUGUUUUGUUGACGAAUUUGAGUUGAUGGUUCCCAUUUCUCCACACUUAUUUGAUGGUGGAUUCUUGGAUCGAUUCAAUGGUUUCCGUUUCACCUCUGUACAAAGCAUGAGACGGGGACAUCAAGACCGGCGGAGAAAAUCAGAUUCACAUCUACUGAGGGCGAUGGCAAGUCAUGGUGGCAACAUUGAUUGCUGUAUUUUGGUAAGUCAACAACUUAGAGUUGGAACGAUUCAGCCGUCUUUUUAAUAAAAUACCUCAUCGAUUCAGCACAUUAGAGAUGAUACUCUAUCUUCUUACGCCUGCUUCAAUUGAAUUAAAGUAGGCUUCAGUGUAUGUUGAAUUAUAUGUUGAACAACCUUUUAGUCAUUUAUAAGCUUAAUCGCUAAACAACCUUUGAUGAGGAUCCAUGAGUGAGAAGAUUUGUUUUGCAGUUCCAUAUAUAUCAUGUAAACAUAUAAGGCUCAUUCACGAGUAGUGUUUUGACAGUUAGAAGACAACCUCCUCCUUCUUGCUUGCCCUACGUGCUUUGGCUUGCAAGUAGUAUUCUAUUCUUUUUCUAGAUUGACUAAAACAGUUUUGUUCCUUGAUGCAGCAAACAACAGCUGGAGAGGAGUUGACUUUGCCCCCUUCGACUUACUUUGGGAUUUAGGAAGUUUGAGUAUGAACUAAUUUAAUGGAGAUGGAGACUUGCCCUUCGAUUCCCCAGCUUCAAAUUAUGCUUAUUUGCUUAAAUUCAGACUAUAUGAGACUUACUCGGUAUGUAGUUUUGAUUUCCUUUUGAAUUUGAUUCUUUGAUCCUAAGGUUUUGUAGUCUGCAUCUACCCCUUAAUCCAAAUAUAUUUGGUAAUUGGUUGUACGUACGAUACUGUUGACUUAAGUCCAAUUGAAAAUGGACAGCAUAGCAGCUUCUUAGUCAGUAUUGUUGCACUUGGAAGUUUUGCUCUUCCCAUAUGCAAAAGUAAUAUUAGAUUUUUGUUAGUCCCUGCCCCACUCUAACUUGACAGGUUCUUAGAUAAUGAAAAAGUACACCAGUAGGACCUCAUGAAUUGCUUUGACACCAUGUUACUUAUGCUAGAUGUGUUGGCCAUCCAAUUCUCUUUGUUGUUUGUGAAUCAGUGGUCUUAAAGUUCUUGGCUGCAACUACAUGAUGUUAUGCUGAUUUUUGUAUUACUACGCCCAAGGUUAGAAUACCAUUUAGCAAUGCAAAAUCAUUGUAAAUUCAAUCAAUUUCUCUCUUUUUUAGUUAGUUUUUCACAAUUAAUCACAUUCAUCUAUAAGAUACUAUGUUGCUUGGACUCUGCAAUUACACUUUGUAUUCCACUGGCCAUGAUCUUCAAAUAGUUUUAAUUGUGCAACCAUCGUACUUGCAUACUAUAAUCAAGUAUGGUUGAUGCAAUGACCCUUGCAUGGUUUGGUCGUUUCAGUUGCUUAUUCAGAGGAAAUUGAUCAUUACUUAUACUUCAGUUUCUUGGCUGUGUCUCGACAAACAAAGCAAAGGAAAAGAUCAUUCAUGCCGUUGUGAGACACGACACAUAACUUGGGAGGAGGAAGAAGAAGAAGGAUGAGGCGGUAUCAACAAAAUCGAGUGGCUUACUACUCUGGCAAUGUUUCUCCUCCUCUGCCGGGAACCGAUAUCCUCCAAAUAGAAGUGGAACAAUGCCAAGAGUCGAGUCAUUGCUUUGGAGAAAAAGUGGGCAUUAUUGUCCAAUUGGCAAGCAGCUAAGAUCGGUUUUUUUAAUAUCUUCCACACCUACACCUACAGGUUGGGUUGAACUCCCUUUUUACACAGACCCUUCUUUUGAUAAAUUCAGCAACUACUUAGGUUGGAGAAUGGUUUGAGAUGAUAGGAUCAUUUCAAGUAGUCCAACAAUAGUAUAUUUAUUCCUCUUUUUCUUUCCACCCUGGAGAGACUUGGGACAUUGACCAUUAUUUUGCCCUGGGGUAGCUAAGACUAAUUCCAAAGUCAGUAGUACAACGUUUGUCUGUAAGGUGGAUUCAAAAUAUUUUCCACAGAGGUGUUUUAUCAAUAGCAAUGCUGCUUCAAUUCCUAUGCUAUAUUCCAAAAGCAGUUUUCUUGGGUCAAAUUUUAUCAUUCUAUUUCUCCUCGGUGUUUUCUGUUUCUAAUUACAAGUGAGUAAGUCAUUUUACGAUGGGUAUUAAAUGAUAAUGAAUUUGUUUUAUUGUUUAGGUACGAUUAGUUAAUGCAUGAGACAAGAGUUGGGGGAACAAAGCUCCAAAAAUCUUCAAUCCAACAUUUCUCUAUAUGCCUAUUGCGUACAUGAUUCUCUUUAACUCUCUUUCAUUGUUGUUAUUAGUACAAAGGAGUAUUAAGAUUCUCGGCAAUAGCUCUUUUCUCAUGCUUGAUAUGAUCUUAAUCAAAUGAUGGGUUUUAAUUAAGCUUCUCUUUCUUUGACAUAAUAAUGAUGAUGAUGAUGAUGAUGAUGAUGAUGAUGAUAAUAAGUUGCUCUUCCUUUGUCUAGAUCACCAUAUGCAUCAUAACAAACAACCCGUAUCUGCAAGCUCUCGGCAGAAGGAAUCUCAUUGCUAUGCAAAUGCUCAUGAGUCAUGUCGAACAAGUUAUCGGCAAUGUGUCGAGCAUUUUUAUUUUUAUUUUAUGAACUUUAAUUAUAUUUUGUUGUAAUUAUUUUUCCCUUAAACCACUAACACUAUGAAUAAUGAUUGGAGAACAUUAAAAUCUUCACCACAUCAAUGUGAGAAUAACCAGCGUAGAGUGGGUGAUACACUUCAUUAACAUGGUUAAAUUAAAUUAUUUUACAUUUUCAACUAGAUAAACUAUUGUAUCCUCA